CAUGUGUUACCAAUUAAUGUAGAUUCAAGUCCUUAAUGAUUGUAAAUGAAAGCCCCCCCAAAUUUUUUUAUAUAAAUAGCAACUUUGCCAUAACCAAAGUAUCAUUUUGUGUUGGUUCCAUCAUACAUCAUCAUGAAAACCUUUUCGGUAGCCGUCUUCUUGUUGGCAGUUACUUGCCUUGCCCAAGGCAGUAAGGCCGACUCUGCCGAAGCCAAAACCGUGGAAAAACGUGGCAUCUUCAGCGGUGUGUACAAAUCUCUCGGUGGUUACGGCUAUGGAGGCGGCUAUGGAUCAGGUUACAGCGGAAUUGGGAUCGGAUCGGGUGGAAUUGGUGGCGCUGGACUUGGAUUUGGUGGAAUUGGUGGCGCUGGACUCGGAAUUAGUUCUGGAAUCAAACACGGCGCUACUGUCUCUACCAUCAGCCAGGCAGUACCAGUACCAGUACCACAGCCCUACCCAGUCACCGUCACGCGCCCUGUACCAGUACCAGUAGCCCAGCCCGUGGCUGUCCCAGUACCACGCCCAGUGCAAGUACCAGUGCCGGUACCACGUCCCGUUGUUGUUCCUAGACCAGUACCAGUCACUGUUUCUCGCCCUGUGCCAGUACCAGUCAGCGUACCCAUUCAAGUACCCGUGGCCCAACCUGUUGGAGUUCCAGUUCCCCAACCAUACCCCGUCACUGUGCCCCAGCCCGUCCCAGUCAGAGUACCACAAACCGUUGUCGUUCCAGUAGCUCAGCCUGUGGUUGUUGGAGGCAGCGGCUUCUUUGGAGGUGCUGGAUUGGGCGGAAUUGGGGGAUUUGGAGGCAUUGGCAGCUCGAUUGGGAUUUCAUCCGGAAGUUAUGGCGGAUAUGGUUAUGGAGCCAGCAUUUAUGAUCAUCAUCUUAAAUACUAGACUUGAUAGAAAACGGCUAUGAAUAAUAAAUAAUAAAAAAUGAAA